CUCACUUUUUAUGUAUUUAUAAUACAGUGAUAUAUGCUCCACCUCCUAUGUGUCAACUGACAGGUGGCAUCAAUCCCAAUUAUCAAAAAUUGAUGCAGAAAUGUCACGACCAGGAACGAGGCUCGAUGCUAAAAAAGUGAAUUCUGAAUUGUUUACGUUAACUUAUGGAGCUCUAGUAGCUCAAUUGCUGAAAGAUUACGAAAAUGUGGAUGAUGUCAACAAGCAGCUAGAAAGAAUGGGAUACAAUAUGGGAAUUCGUCUCAUCGAGGACUUCCUGGCGAGAACUGGAUCAGGUCGUUGUUACGAUUUUCGUGAUACUGCUGAGAAAAUUCAGUCCGGCUUCAAGAUAUUCCUGGGGAUAACUCCAACGAUCACCAACUGGAGUGCAGCUGGAGACGAGUUUUCCCUCUGCUUCGAGUCCAAUCCCCUUACAGAAUUCGUCGAAUUGCCCGACAAUUGUCUGAAUCUCAAGUAUUGUAAUAUUCUUACUGGGGUGCUGAGGGGUGCCUGUGAGAUGGUACAGAUGGAGAUCUCUUCGUGGUUCGUUCAGGAUCAACUGAAGAACGACAGUAUAACUGAACUCCGGGUGAAAUUCAUCAAGAGGCUGGAGGAUGCCAUUCCAGCCGGAGAGGAUUAGUUACUCAUAUUUUUAACAAUUUUUCUCAUUUAAAAAUAUUCUACGUCAUCGCUUCGCAGAAAUUAUAGCGAUAAAAUCGACAUUUACUUGAAAUAUUUGCUAAACUCGAUGAAUGAUCAAUUAAAACAUGUGAGAAUUUUUGUAAUAUCCUAUGAUUUACAAAGUCGUACUGUAAAUAUUGUAUGAUUUAAUUCUAUUUAGAUUCCAUGGAAAUAAUAGACUUCAAUAAAAUAGACUAAUUUCCAUAAUAGAAAUCGUGGAAAAAUGCCAUAAUAAA